AUGGGUUUGGAUACAAAUCGUGAUUCGUCUUUGUGGAAAGAUCGUGUCGUGGUGGAAGUGAAUGUUGCCAUUCUUUAUAGCUUUCAGUCAAUGCACGUCACGAUAUCCGACCACCACACAGCGGCUGAAUCCUUCAUGAAACAUUUUGAAAAUGAACAACGUAUUCGAGGUGGAUGUCCGGCUGAUUGGGUAUGGAUCGUGCCACCAAUCAGUGGAAGUUUGACCCCCGUUUAUCAUCAGGAGAUGCUCAACUAUUUCCUGAAACCUUCUUAUGAGUACCAGGUGGAACCAUGGAAGACACACACCUGGAAGAAAGACAGAGAAAAAUCGAAGCAGUUAGGAGACAGACCAAAAAGGAAAUUUGUUUUACAUUCUAAUUUAUCUUGCUUCAUUGUUUUGAUCACUUCAUCUAUCUAUCUAUCUAUGUUUAAUCAAAUCUAUCCCAAACUGUUCAUAUUCAUCUAUCUAUCUAUCUAUCUAUCUAUCUAUCUAUCUAUCUAUCUAUCUAUGUAG